UCCGCAGGGCGCGCUCAGGUGUAUAAAAGACCCGAGAGAAGCCAAGACGGCGAGACGAGAAGCUCGGAGAGGAGGACGAGCGAGCAACGGCAGGAUUCCUGCACUUUCACCACUUUUGAUUUCUUCCUUUCUCGGCCACACGUGUUAAAAAUGAUGUCAGGGCGCAGCGGCCCCCACCUUCUCCUCCUCUUGGCCCUUUUCAGCGCGCUGUCCUCCAGGACGCUGGGUCUGCCCUACGCGUCCAUGAGACCGACGAGACACGCCGACGGGCUCUUCACCAGCGGCUACAGCAAGCUUCUGGGCCAGCUUUCAGCCAGGAGAUACCUGGACUCUCUGAUUGGGAAGCGAGUCAGUGACGAGCUGACGGACGAGCCGGUCAAGCGCCACUCGGACGCCAUCUUCACGGACAACUACAGCCGCUUCCGCAAACAGAUGGCCGUCAAGAAGUACCUCAACUCGGUCUUGACGGGAAAGAGGAGUUUAGAAAAUGUGGACACGGGCGACCAGGAAGCGUCCCGGGACGACCCCGACAACUUCCAGGAGAGCUACGACGACAUCAGCGUCGACCACCUGCUGAACAACUUCCAGCUGCCGCUUUGAGGAGAGGUCCCGACGUCCGUCCGGAGUCAUCGUGGCGAAAACAUUCGCUCCGGCGAUGACAACGACGACGACGGCGUUCACCCAAAGAUCCCAGCAAGGCUGACACCUCCUCCAGUGUGAUUGUCAUUAAGUUGCAGCGCUUAACACACGUGUCAGACAACCAGCCCGUAAAUCAAUCCAAAAAUACAACAAGCAGAAAGAAAAGCUCUCGUGCUGUCAAGGUGGCGGCAAUCAGGAACACUUCCAAAUUAGCGCAAAAUCUGCAGCCUCUGCUUGAGAGCCCAAAAAUGGAAUGAAAAGCCCACUAGGACAUCCGAAACUUUGGCCGUGUUCGUGAGAAACGCUUCAAACGGUGCGAGCUGCGUCCUCACUUUCAUUUCAAUUACAAUUUGAUCGACAUUUGGAACGCAGCAAAAUGCCACUUAUUAGAGGGUGUGCACACUUGUCCAACCCCAUUGCUUCAGUUAGUUAUUUCUUACAUUACCUCAAAAGUUUGGGAUUGUUUUAUGUCUCAUUUUUU